AUGGCAGAUUCUGAAGAUGACGAAACGGAAGGUCUGUGUGAUAUAAUGAAGGAAAAUUCGUAUUUCACAGAUUGUUUCCGUAGGUACGACUGUGUAAUAGAUUUUCUUAAACGGGACGAACGUAUAUAUGCUCGCGCAGUCACUCUAGAUGAAGCGGAAGUUCACGUGUUUCUGAGAUAUACUUUAGACAUUGACGGAUGUGUUGUGGAAAUGAGGUCCUUGCGAGGUCUGAAGUUGUAUGUUCGGCAUUUAAGUAUGAUGCGAAAUGGUGUAAUGAGUGUACGUGAUAUUCAGUCAAUGUUAAACAAGCAUGUGGAUUUGUCGUUGUAUUCCCACGCUGAAUUAGCCAAUUUUAGACACUCUGUGGGCUUUCAAUUGUUCUACGAGUACGGAUGGGAAUGCUGGCUGGGACUUGUACCUUGUUUUAGAAGUGGUCAACCCGAGGUAAGAAGGGACGUACUGAAAGAACAGUCAAUUCGUUACUUUACAAGUGUGAAGAAUUCAUUUCAACGGAAACUGCAAAAUCUUUGCCUUGCCGAAGUGGCAACUAGAACCUUGAUGAAAAAUGAUUUGAACUGCAUUGACAGUUUGGUUGUGUUGCCUGAUGACUGCAGUACUAUUCUGGAGACUCUGCAGGAAAGCAUAGAAGAAUCCAACGUAUUGUGUGGUUUCCGGGCGUUGAUAUUUUGUUUUCGUUUUGGCGAGAAAAAUACUGGCGGUGUUUCUUUAAGAGAUUUUGAAGAAGCUGACGUAAGUCUAGUGACGGUACAUUCUGCGAUGAACCUGCUAUCCGAUGAGAUGGAAUUGUUCUGGUCAGCAUGUGGGAUACAAGCAGUCGUUGGAAGUAGGGGUAUGCUGUACACCUGUGCCUCCUUUACAGAUUGCGUGAAUUACCGUAGCAAUCUUGACGGAAGGGCGCUCGAUAUUUCAGGAGAGUUACGGAGUGUGUGUUUCCAUGGUGAUAAGCUUCGAUUCGUGCAGCUUUAUGCUGACCUACCUCAUCGCAGACCUCGAGUUCGAUAUCACCCAGUAUCCGGCUGUAUUGUUGGCGGAAUGGUGUAUCCGAAACAGACUUCAGUAGCAUUUAAGAGGGAUGCAAGUCGUUACUUGUCGGCAUUGGAAAGCAAUCUUUACCUGAUGAAAAGAGGUACAUGUAGACUUGAGUGCGUCACCGAGUUAGACGAGUGGAAAGAAGAGGUGAAAGCAAGUGACUGUCUGAACGUGGAUAAAGUGUUAGGUUUGCUGACUAGACAACCUAUGUUGGUGCCAUUUCCGAGAGGUACGAUGAGAUGCAUUCAGAAGAUUGGCCUGAACUUAACAUCAGAACUAAAGAAGCUGCUUGACAGGUAUUCCUGUACUGGGAAUGUGGAGGCCACUUGGAAAGCCUACCAGUUGGAAUUGUCGUUGGAGAAAAUGUUAUGGGGUCACCCCCUUUGUGGUCGAAGUAGUCAGUACUCGGUUAGUCUUGGGCCCGGUAAAAUGGAAUGCAGUAGGAGCCGGACAGAUUACUUUGGAUUUUUAUCGUUGGAACGAUGGACAGCGUGUAUGGCAUUUGAAGACAGCAUACCACCUUGCAAGAUAUGGACCAAUUCUGAAGUGGUUAUCAAGAAGAUUAUACGAACGGCUGGAGUACACGAUGUGGUACACAGCAGCAACUUUGUACUGGGACGUCGCUUAUUGGAUACACUAAUCGGAGAUUUGUUCGAAGUUGGGAAAGUGGGUAGCUGCAUAAGAUUUGAAGAGUAUAAGAAGGAGCUCUUCCGUGACAAGCCAAAAGGACUGCCGGUGAACGGUGCCGUGACUGUAAAACAGCUCGUAGGAAUUCUCAGUAGCACUAGGAGAAUGCGAGUAGCUAUGGCGUACGGAAGUGUUUGCGAGUUGUUACGAAAGUGUGAUAUAGACGUGGAAAGUGUUAUCACAGACGGCUUGGUGCAGAUGGAACUUGUCCAUUUUCCAGCUCUCGAUGCGUACGACAGAAACCGUAAUGCCAUCAUGAGUUGGUCUUUAAGGUCUGGGUUGUGGAAAAUCAUUGGAGGGGGCAAGGAUGCCUCCCAAUUUUGCGGGUCUCCAGGGGUGCUUACCAUGCUUGUUGUUGCUGAAUUGGAGAGACUUAAUAUCGUGUUUGUGAGCAAGUUGAAGAAACUUCCCAGGUCGUUUCCGUGGAUUGAACAAUGCGCUAAGAAGCUGCAAUGUCUGAAAUUGGAAGAUGACGGUAUUGUAUUGGUGUUAUCUUUUUUGUCAUGUGUUGCGCUGUUGAUGAACGGGUGGUAUGUUGCAUAUGCUAACCUUGAGAGACUGAUGAGGGAAAUGCCAGUCAACCAGUGUCGCCUACGUGAUAUGGAGAUACAGUCCAAACUGUUUUUAGCCAAUUUCAACAAGUACAAGCUAUUCCGCUUGCACCACACCAUAUCUUUUAGACUUCCUGCUGUGGAUAAGAACGUUUCCAUUAACGCUGAAGUCGAUAAGAUAGAUGAGGACAAAGAAGCUGCUGAUGUCUUAGAAGAAGGAGAAAUCAGCAUGAUAUCUGAGGAUGUAGAUGUAAUGAAAGCUGAAGAGGUUUGUUUCCGAGCUCCAACCAGUUUGCCACAAAAUGUAAACACUUUGAAACAACGAUGGACUUCGAAAGAACUUGAACUUCUGCAAGACGUAGCAAGUGGAAGAGCUGAUGAAUCCACUUUGAGAUCAGCGUAUGAUCAAUUCAGGCAAAAAUGCAUGGAAAACGAAAUUCCCUUCAGAACUUUCAAAUCGUUUAAGAACAAACUUUCUAGACUAUAA